AUUGUCUGUUAUGUUUCCUCAAUGCAUGGUAGUUGGGGAAGCCACGUUGACACAAAAAGUGGUGUUUUGGGUUUUUUCCUUCCCCGGGAGACAACGAUCAGUAGGCAAGUCACAUCUGUGAACCCAAGAACAUCAACAGAAACAUAUCGGGGAAGGACAUAGAGGCCACAUCAUCUGACAGGAUGAGCGUUGGAUUCAUUGGAGCGGGCCAGCUGGCUCAUGCACUUGUGAAGGGUUUCACAGCUGCAGGUGUGAUUGCUACUCAGAGGAUUACAGCCAGCUCCCCAGACACAGACCUGCCCACUGUCGCGGGACUGAGGAAAAUGGGAGUGACCAUGACAACUAGUAACAAAGAGACAGUUAAUAAGAGUGAUGUACUUUUUCUGGCUGUGAAGCCCCACAUCAUCCCCUUUGUUCUUGAUGAGAUCGGACCAGACAUUGAGGACCGUCACCUCAUAGUCUCCUGUGCAGCAGGUGUUACUAUCAGCUCCAUAGAGAAGAAACUGCUUCAGUAUCGCUCAGCUCCUAAAGUCAUGAGGUGUAUGACUAACACUCCAGUGGUGGUGAGAGAGGGAGCUACAGUGUACGCCACGGGAACACAUGCAGAGGUGGAGGAUGGCAAAUUAUUGGAGCAGCUGAUGGCCAGUGUUGGUUUUUGCACAGAGGUGGAGGAGGACCUCAUUGAUGCAGUUACUGGCCUGAGUGGAAGUGGACCUGCUUAUGCGUUCACCGCCCUGGAUGCUUUAGCAGACGGAGGAGUGAAGAUGGGCCUGCCCAGGAGAUUGGCUGUCAGACUCGGAGCUCAGGCCCUAUUGGGAGCAGCUAAAAUGCUCCUGGACUCUGAGCAGCACCCUGGUCAGCUCAAAGAUAAUGUGUGUUCCCCAGGGGGCGCCACUAUCCACGCCCUACACGUCCUGGAGAGCGGUGGCUUCCGCAGCCUCUUGAUUAAUGCUGUCGAGGCUUCAUGCAUCAGAACACGGGAGCUGCAGUUUCUUGCAGAUCAGGAGCGUAUUUCUCCAGCGGCCAUUAAGAAAACCACACUGGAUAAAGUGCUGCAGCAGCCCGGAGUCACAGUCAGUGGAGUGGCUAACGGGAACGGCAGAGCGGGGCUCAGCUUGUUCAACACUCGCACUCCUGGCAUUAAGAAGAAGAACUGAGCACACAGAGAGGCAGGCGCACACACACAUGCACCUGUUGACAUGUGUAUGUGUAUAGUGACGUACAAAUAUGGACAUAUAUGCAUCUUAUACAGUUGUUCAGACACUUACUUUGAAUUCCAACUCAGGACUUGUCUGGAAUCUCAAACAAAUUCCAUUGACAAAUAAUUUAUUCAUACAGGAAUGAAUCAUGGAUCUGUUGGUGUUACCACCGUGUUUCACACAACCACAGGUGGAUUCUGGUUGUUUUUCUAAUGGUUUAUAGCCUUAUGUUUGACGCAGGAUUAUUGUCUACACAUACACAAUGAGGAGAAAAAGUGCAUUUACAAUCUGUUGUCAGUCUGUGUUUGGGCUCUACAUUAUCUAGGGCUGUUAAACUGUAAUGACCCAGUCGGCCAUCAUGGGAUACCAGGCACCAGAUGGCUGCUGGGAUACCGUCAAGCUGUUAAUAUAUGUCUUCAGUGGUCAAAUCAAGCCAAAAAGUUGUUUUGUUGUACAGAAACUCGCACUGUUAGAACCACAAUAUUAUACUGCUAACAAAGAUGAACAGCUGAACAAAAUAGGCGUGUUAUGUAUAAACAGUCAAAGGGGUUUGUUGUACAUGAAGAACUUGAUGCCUUUUGACCCUGUUUCUCAGAUAGCAGCUUUGCUCACAUAUCAAGGGCAGUUCAAACGUUUAUGAUUAUGUCACCUCCUCAUUUUGUUGGUUUUUUUUUAAGGACAUUGUGGAUCUUAAACCAUAAAUCUUGAUGUUUUAUACCAUGGAAGCACUUUGAACCCUUCUUCUCAUGGGGUUAUGAUGUUAUUACCUUAAAGUGCUUCAACAAAGUUCUUUUCAAAUAUAAAAAUAUUCAUGUAGAUGCAAUAUAAAAGCAUUGCAUUAGAAUUCAGUCCGUCCACAUCGUUUUGUGUAUUUUGUCUGUAAUUUUACAGGUUUUUUUUUUUUUUUUUUUGUAUACCGACACCCAAGUUGGUACACUAUUCAAAAAGUCCUAAUUAAAGGUUCAGUUUGUCUGUAAAUGA